GGCCUGCGGCCCGAAGAGCAAGAAGGGCGAUCUGCUGAACGCGCACUAUGAUGGUUUCCUGGCGAGCGACGGAGCCAAGUUUUACUGCAGUCGGACACAAAAUGAAGGUCAUCCCAAAUGGUUCGUCCUGGGUGUUGGACAAGUCAUAAAAGGGUUAGAUAUUGCUAUGAUGAAUAUGUGUCCUGGAGAAAAACGGAAAGUGACAAUCCCUCCAUCAUUAGCAUAUGGACAGCAAGGAUACGCACAGGGUAAGAUUCCACCCAAUGCAACACUGAUCUUUGAGAUUGAACUCUAUGCAGUAAAUAAAGGACCUCGUAGUGUUGAAGCAUUUAAUCAAAUAGACAAGGAUAGUGACAAGAAACUCUCUGAACUCGAGAUAAGCCAGUAUUUGAAAGAAGAAUUUGCAAGAGAUGGCAAAAAACGUCAUCCCUCAGCCCACGAUGAAAUCUUAGCUGACAUAUUUAAGAAGAAUGACCAUGAUGGAGAUGGUUUCAUAUCUGCAAAGGAGUACAAUGUCUACCAGCAUGAUGAACUCUAGGUACCUAUAACAUCUUUGGCUGUUUUCUGGACACUGAAUUCUAAAUACUUUGUCACAGAAAUUUUUGUACUUUUUUUGUCGUGGCAUCUUUUUGUAUCUCUUAAGGUGACUGUAAAAACCUUAUUUUUAACAUUGAGCUAAUAAAAUGUGUUAGAUAUUUCAAAAGAAAGAAAUAAAAUUGGAAAACACC